AUGUUCUGGCCAAGUAUCGGACACAUUGCAUCCCAGAAUAUCGCACAAACCCCCGAGCAGCGCAAGCGCAACCAGAAGUUCGCGAAGGAGCAGACCGCGAAACGAGGCAAGCCCGCCAGCGAGAUCAAGAAGAAGCAGGAGUUCAAGAGUCCUAUCUCGCCUGUUGCUCUCGCGUUGCUGGGUUUUGUGGUUUUUGGAGGCCUGCUUUUUGAGUUGCUGAGUCGCAUCUUCUUCCGGUGA